CUCACACACACACACACAUAGGGGGGCUUAAUGACAUACAGUGAUAUCUUUUUUAAUGGAGUGCAAACAUGCAUGCACGCGCACGUAUAUGCACGCACGCACACAAACACGCGGUUUAUUUAUUCAUGAGCAUCAUGCUGGAUAGGAUCCAUAUUUUGCAAACGGAGGGGCAGAGGUGGAUGUGAGCGGAGCGGCGGCGGUGUGGUCGCGACCGGACAGCCCAACCUGUGCCCGGCUCCACCCGGAACCAUUAUGCAGACAGGAAACUACCAUUUUAACGCCAGCAGCAGAAGCAGCAGCAGCGGAGGAGCCGUCGUCUACAGAGGGGGACACAUCACACUGACACGGGGCGGAAAACAGCCAGCCGAGGGAAAAAAGAAGGAGAAACACGAAGGAAACAAAACAAAGGCGCCGUUUGGUUGAAGACGAGCAGUGAGUCGGCGGAGCAGCGGGACGGCGGCUUCAGAUAAUGGACACAUCGGACCAGCGGAAAUAGUUUUUGUUAGCGAGAGAAAAGCAGCCCUCCCGGGCCGAUGGAGAGCCGGGCCUUUCACGGUGUUUUUCCAAGGAUGAAGAAAAAGGCCCCGCUGACUGGCAGCAGGGAAACGGCUCUCACAACGGCGCACUCCCCGCUCGAUGCUUUUACACUUUUACUCCCAUAUUUCUGAGCUUUUUUCGCGCCCAGACAUCGCAUGCUACAAGAUUGGCGAGCCGAAGUCACCGGUUGUCAGCGGAGAAAGAAGCUGGACUGUGGUGUCCCCCUCCUCCUCCUCCUUCUCCUCUUCUUCCUCCCCUCCUUCCCUUCCCUUCCCUCUGUCUCAGCUGCGGGUCCAGCAGGGAGCUUCAGACCUGUGGAUCAGCCGGCUCCCGUAAGAACUCCAUGAAGGGACAGAAGGGCAGCAAUGGUUCAUCCUCCGCUGAAAUAACAGACUCACUUCACUAAAUGGGACUGCUGACCUGAUUUUUUUUUUUUUUUUUUUUUUUUUCUUUUUUUUUUUUUGAAAAAAAGAAUCAGCAUACGGUUAUGGAACACUCUGAAGAAACACUACAGACUCAGUUUUUUAGUAUAAUUUAGUAUAUUGCCUAUUUAUGACCCGUUUUUAUAACAUCCCACAGAAGCACUUGAAGGCUUAACUCCUGAAUGGAGAGUAAAAGUAUUAGUGAUUCAUUUAUGUGAGAAAACCAAGCACCAGCUUCUGGUGGAUUAUAGUGGCUGGUUGGAAGUGUCGGGGUAGACACUGCAGCGGGAUUACUUCUGAAAAUCAGACCUUGUCGUUUUGAUAAGGGUUACGGCUGUUUCCAGCGACUAUAGACUGAGUGUAACGGGGUCGUUUCAACCCCGUUACACUUUGCUAUAGAAGUAUUUGAAGAUGUUCCAGUUCAGCAAGUACCCCAUGGACAUUUUAGAGAUGCUAAGUGGACACCAAGCCCAUCAGUUCAAAGGCCUGGGAUUAGAACGACAACUGAGCCACCAACAGCAGGUCCAGCUGCAGCAUCAGCAGCAGCUCCAGCAGCAGCAUCAGCCCAGCGCUGACAGCUCCGGAAGCCUUCUAUCUGGACUCGGCCUCGGAUCCCUCCAGAGCUCUCGGAGUAAUGCCUUCGCAGACUCCUCGUCGUUAUUCGCCAAAAUGAGCGCCCCUCCUCCAUCCAUCUCCCACCAAAGUCAGUCGUCCUCUUCGUCUCACAGCUCCAGGAAGUCCAGUAAGAUGAGCAGCAGUAGCAGCAGCGGGAGCGGGAGCUCCUCGUCAGGAUACCCCCAGUUUCUGCGGCCUUUUCACCCGGCUGAAGCUGCGCUGGCUCAGGAGCAGCUCCACUCAGGGAUGGGACGUUUUGACUUUGGUGGGAGCAGCAGCGGAGGAAGCGCGGGGGUCAUCGGGGGUGUCGUCACACCUGCUCCCCCGCCUCCCCCGCUGCAUCCAGGUCUCUCUGUCCCCCAGCCCACCUCUGGUCCCUCCUCUUCCUCCCCCUCUCCCUCCACCUCCACCUCAGCCUCCAACAACCCCUCCAGCAGCACUGCAGUGCCCUUAGUGGGCCAGUCAGAUCCCCGCAGCCUUCAUCAGCAGUUCAGCUGCAUGCUUGCCGCCAACCAGUACUUCCUGUCCGGAGUCCCCACCAACAGCAGCCUGGAGCAGUUCCUCGUCCAGCAGGGCACUCACAACCACUUGGGCCUGGGCCUCGGCCAAGGGGCCACUGACUCAAACUCGGCCCUGGCCCCUCCUCCUGCCCUCCACUCCUCCCACAGCCACACAACUCCACAGCCUCAGCAGCAACAACAGCAGUUGACCCCUCAUGCCUUAUCUCAUCCACACAGCCACACUCACCACCCGCACCCCCUCCACCCGGCCCCCCAGCCCGCCCCACUGGGUGGCUUUGAUUUUCAAGGCAUUCCAGUCCUUUCCUCCAACCAGAUAGCGUCAUUAAUGCAGCAAGAGGCCGGCCUCCCCCUCCCUCUGCCCCUCCACCUUUCCCUCGCUAAAGACGAUGCAAAGUCAGGAGACAGUUCGUCUACGUCAACUUCGAGUGGAGGAAGCAGGAGAAAGAAAGCAAUGGCUGGCUACCUGCCCCAGAGGAAAACAGACACUAGUAGCCAUAGUCAAAGCAGCCACAGCCAUAGCAGCAGCAGCGUUAGUAACUGCCAUAACAGCAGCUCAAGUGGGCACAGUCAGAGCUCCUCAUCUGGCCUUGUGGGAGGAGGAUCUGGGGGUGUGGGGAUAAGUGGCAUCGGAAGCGAGCCACAGCAUUCCUCUCUCCUCUCAUCAUCCUCACAGCAACAGCAGUCAUCCUCCACUGUCUCCUCUUCUUCGUCUGCCCCUCCUUCCUCUAACUCCACCUCCGUGCUCGUAGCGAACGGUAACCAACAGUUGUCCAAAUCCCAAGACAGCCACAGUAACAGUUCAUCUGGCCAGCCCGAACCAGAACCCCUUUACCACUGCGGGGAGUGCGGUAAAACCUUCACCCACCUCUCCAGCCUUCGACGGCAUCUCCGCAGCCACGGCUUGACACCAAACAGCCAAAGCAGGAAAUCAGACUGUAACUCCCCCAGCCCGGAGAGGAUAUUCUGCUGCGGCGAAUGUGGGAAGAGAUUUAAAAAGAGGGGUCAUCUCAUCCAGCACAGCGUCACCCACUCAGAAAACCGGCCUUUUGUCUGCAACAUCUGCCAAAAGUCCUUCAACCGUCGCGAGUCACUCACGAGACACGAGAAGAUCCACGACGAGAAGCCUUUCCGUUGUCCAGCUUGCGGACGUUGUUUCCGUGAGAGCACCUCCCUUCUCAACCACGCUGCUUCAGGUGCCUGCGGUAAACCUCCCCGGAGUUCAAAAAACCGAACCAGCACCGGAGGGAGCGGAUCGUCCAACCCGAGCAGUAGUAAAAUGGGAAGCGGCGGAGACAGGGUAGGAAUUUCGAACGACGGGACGGGGAUGGCUAACGACAAGUAUGCCACAGAUUACUCCAGAAAUCGCUACCAGAACCAGUCGUCCUACAACAGCGGAGUCGACGACUAUAGACGAACACAAUCUUCAUCUCUGUACUCUUCAGAGGGUACGCUAGCCAGUGAAAUGACCAGCCAAACUCUCCGUAAAGCCCCUUUAGCCCCAACUCUUCAUCCCCAUCCACAGAGUCAGCAGCAGCAGCAGCAACAACAACAACAACAACAGCACCACCACCAGCCACAACAGCCUCACCUCCCUCUCUCCUCCCUAUUGGAUGAUUCAGAGGAUGAGGUCACAAGCAGCGCGAUGUCAGCCAUCGCCGCUGCAGCCGCGGCCUCUUGUGAUAUAAACACAGAGAACAGGGACGGAGAGAGGAGGGAUAUUAUCGGAGGCCUGCUGGGGGGGUUGGGGUUUGGUAACAUGGGUGGACCGUCGACCACCUCUAGCCUCAACGGUUCCACCAUGCCUUUGACCCACCCCAGCCAGCCCCACACGAAGCCCAGGAGGCCGAGGAAGCCCAGGGAGAAAAGGGACCCAGGCACCAUCGUCAGGAGAAGGCGGAGCCCUGCGCUUCAAGGGGACGGUUCAGAAAGGCCUUACGGUUGUCAAAUAUGUGGCAAACGCUUCAGAAGGGCUGAAACCCUGCGGCGCCACAACCGUGUCCACACAGGGGAGAAGCCUCACGCCUGCGACGUAUGUGGCAAAAUGUUCCGUGAGCCUUUCCACCUCACCAAGCAUCUGACCGUGCACUCCGGUCAAAAGAACUACAAAUGCAACCUGUGCGGGAAGAUGUUCGCCUACGCACAGAGCCUGGUGAGACACGGGAAGUUGCACAGAAAAGGGGAGAUCGACAGCCAGGGGAGAAGAAUAAAAGGUGCCGCUGCCGCAGCCGCCGCCGCUGCCGCCGCCAUCAGUCAAGUCGCCAACUCUGGAAACUCUGACUACUUCUCAUCCUGCUCCCAAGGAGAAAAGUCGCCAACGUCCGGAACCCCCUCCCAGAGGCUUUAUACGUGUACAGUGUGCUGGAAAUCAUUCCGCCACUAUUUCCACCUGACGGCGCAUCAACAGACUGUCCACGGUGGCGGGGUAGGGCUGGAGAAGUCCUUUCGUUGUGAAGUAUGCGGUAAAGCCUUCGCCUACUCCAACAGCUUAGUGCGGCACAAGCUGUCUCAGCAUGGAAUCGAUCGCAACGGCCAACGGGUCAACCAUUCCCAACCCUCUGGAUACUCGCCCCUCUUCUACGACUCUCCGUCAAGUUCCAACUACGCCGGGUCGUCUCACAUGCAGCAAGGGGCAUCGGGGCAGCAACAACAACAACCACAACAGCAACCACAACAACAGCAGCAGCAGCAGCAGCAGCAACAACAACAACAACAACAACAACCGCCACAGCAGCAGCAGCAACAACAGCAGCUGCAGCACCCUUUUCACUACCGCUCAAAAAACUUCCAAAAGCGGCAUGGACAGACAAGAAAGCACAGGAAAAAAAAAAGGCGAAUAGUGAUCCAUAGCAUCAUGAGAGACGGAAAGCUGGUGGGCGUCCCACUGAGUAAAGACACACGCAGGAAGCUGCUGAUCCUGAGGAAACGGAGGGGCAGACUGCAGGCUCAGCUUAACAAAAAAAAGCUCCUCGCCCAGCUGAGAAUGAAGGGCGGUAUGACGAAAGUAAAGUCGUGGUACGGAGGCGCCGUGAAAGUGACGGGGAUCACCUCAAUGGAUGUCCCCAUCAAACGCUUCCCUUGUCCGAUCUGCCCCAGCACCACGUACGCCAAGCAGGGUUUUCUGCUGGUCCACCACGCCAUAAGGCACCCACCGAGAAACUCAGGCCGCCACGCCCGCCUGCGGUGCCAGGUGUGUGGAAGACGCACCAGCUCAUUACACAAAGCCUUGAAACACAGGGGCCAGCAUCUAAAGCAAGCCGCGUUCCAGUGCCGCAGAUGCCGACACCGCUUCUGGAACUCCCGGCUCCUAGCCCGCCACAUGUUCUCCUGUCGGGGGAUCACCACAAGCAGCGGGGGCGGGAUCUGGGGACUGAUGAAGAUUAAAUCUCCAUUGCCGUCUCAGUCAGAUAGCGAUCAUUCACCAGUCCAGCUGACGGUCCCAGUUGUGGUCCAGCCUGAGAGAUCAACAGUUCUGACUGAGUACAGUCAGUAAAAAAAAAAAAAAAACAGUUUUUUAGACUAGAUUGUUUUGAUGUUUAUUUUUUUUAAAUAAUCCAAGAAGCGAGCAAGAGCUAGCAAGUUUUUAACAAAAAAAAGGGGGGGGGGGAGAAUGGGGAUGGUUUAUUGUAACGACUGCAAUAUCCCCACACCCCUCCCUGGAUAAAUCCGUAUACAAUCCUAACUUAUUACAACAGAGGUGGUUGAUAAAUUAGUGUGGACUUCAAAAGGCCCGUAAUCAGAACCACCCAUCCAUAUGUCUCCUAGGGUUGGGUAUCGUUUGAAUUUUAUCAAUUCCGAUUCUGCUUAUCGAUUCCAGUUCCUAUCGAUUCCCAGUUUCAGUUCUAAUAUUAAAAAAAAGAGAGAGGUAAAAGGUUUAGAUAACAAAAUAUCUUUAUUCUUUUAAGCAUCUACUUUGACUUUUAUUGUGUCAUUUAAAUAAGUAAAUUCAAAAUCUUUUUAACUGAACAUUCUGCUUUGUCUCGUUUUCCCUCAGUGACGUAGUUUGCUGUCACUGUAAAGGCCAGUUCAUGCUUUCUGCUUUCCGUGUCCAGCUGUGGACUCGCACACGGUUCCAUAUGUACUUUUUUUUUUCAGAGGUCAACGGACACAGAUGCGUUCCACAUGUGUGCACUUGUAAACAGGGUUGCAGCGUCAUAACUUUCCAGAGUUGUAAAAAUCCAGUCUGUGAUUAUUACAAACCACUGCAGUGUUUUUUUUCUGAUAAGCUUUUCAACGCAAUAAUCUGUUACUCCGACCGCAUUUACUGGAUUGUAUUUCAUUUUCUUAACCGGCACUUUAAACAACACGCCCACACAAACACAGCCCCUUUUGUAUGUGUUUUACACAGAACUGUUUUUAGCGUGAAUGCAGCUGAGUGUGUCACAGCAAGGUAUCUUUGGCUUUAUCGGUGGUGCUAACGCCGGCUGAUGAUGCACUCGGGCUAGGGGACUGCAUGACAUCAAACACUAGACGUUCUUUUAGAUCAACGCCGCGCUGCCUUAAAUGUUUUUGGUCAAAUUUGAUGUGCAACCUGACUUACAGCUAAUUAGCUUCCCACAUGCACUUUGUCUUAUUGUUUUCUUUAAUAAAGUGAAGCCACACUUUUAGAGCGUCGACCGCGGUCCAUCUUUCACUACUGAUGUGACGUUAGCCAUGCGUGCUCGUACCUAAACCAAUCGACACGCUGUUGCGUUGAUGCAUGACGUAGACGGGUCCUAUGCGGCAGAUAGCCACGUCCUUACAGAUAUGUAGCCUUUGUUUGCAAUAAUAAAGGGUCAUCGUGUUUAGGAACCAAUAAGCAGAACCGAAAUUCAGAUUUUUUUGAAUGGGUACCCAGUUCUUGGCAUUUUGGAUUCAUCUCUAAUUUGGAAUCAGUUUUGGGUUCCCAACCCUACUGUCUUCCCUUCCCCAAAGGUGAAGGAACUCUAGGCCAAGUGACAAUUUUAGUAGCAUCUGUCUGAGAAAUGCAUUCACACAGUUUCCUUUCCAUCAUCUUUUUUUUUUUCCUUUUCAUUAGCAGUGUUUGCGCAUAAAUUUGAAAAGUACCAGUUUAUUUUUUCAGAUUGUUUUCACACUAUUCACAGUUAAAACAGUAUAGUCCUUGUCUCUUGCUCUGUGUUCAUUUGUUACCCCAGUGGAGAAUCUUUCUCUUUUUAUAUUCUGCCCUCGAGAUAAAUUUAUCUUAUAAAGAAAAAAAGAAAUCAGACAACAGUCUCAGAACCUCAUGAAAAUACAACACUUACAACAGUUUAAGGGCCUUAUCUGUCACAAAAAGGCAAUACUGGUUGCUGUGCUAUAGUGACUGAAAUGUCAAAAAAGGAGUUAGGACAAAACAGAGAAGUGCUGGUGACCUUGUUUUUAAUGUACACUACUUUUGUCAUUUUUUUAAGAGGCGUGAAUGGAGAAAAAAACACGACUCAAACUGUUAAUGUGUUCAGGAUUUGAAAAGGACAACAGAAAUAACCGGAGUGUACUGUACAAUUCGUAUUAUAUUUUAUUAUAUAUUGAUUAUUUGCUGUUUUUUACUCCAAGUAUCAUUUCUUUUAUCAUUGUUGGUAUUGUACGGGUGGGAGGGAACAAGUUGGGGACUAUCUUUGUAAAACAGCGGGACGAGUAUAUGUAUCGAUGUGAUAUUAUUUUCCCCCUCCUGUACCCCCUUUUACCUACUCCCUCAUGCCACAGUUAUGCCCAAUUUUUGUAACAAAAAGCGUGUACGCAUAGUUCAUUAUUUAGGUCCUGUCCAGACGUGUUUUUUCUUUUUUCUGUAAAACUAAAACAUGUAAUAUUAUUACUAAAUUACUAUCCUUUUCUUUGCCUAAAAGUGAGUUGUUGAAAACCCUCAAAUCAAAUUAAAAAAAUCUCAAAUGUUA